AUGACCCCACGCUCUGCACUGUUCUCUCUGUGCGCACUGUCCGCCACCGCACACGGGGCGUCGUGCUCGCUCACCGCGAGCGGCGGCGACGACGCGCCCGCAUUCCUGAGCGCUAUGGCGGGUUCGGCAUGUCCGGAGGUGACCGUCCCGUCCGGAACGACGCUGUCGAUCCACACGUCAAACAAGCAUCUUAGUCUGCAAGGGACGAUCAAGUUCAAGGACAACCUCGACUAUUGGACCGACAACGCGUUCACCUUCGACUUCCAGGACCAGACCGCGUUCUGGCUCCUUGGCGGCAAGAACAUUGUCAUCGAUGGCGGAGGAACUCUUGACGGUUCUGGCCAGGCCUGGUAUGACAAGUUCGCAAAAGACAGUUCCAUUGUCCGGCCCAUCCUCUUGACGAUCUACCAGGCCACCAACGUGACUGUGGAGAACAUCAAGAUGAUCAACGGCCCCGAGUGGAUCAACUUCGUCAACGAGGGCACGGACAUCACCUUCAAGAACAUCACGAUUACCGCUCAGUCGACCAGCAGCAGCGCCGCGAAGAACACAGACGGGUGGGACAUCUUCCGGAGCAACAACGUCGUGAUCCAAGAUUCGAACGUCGUCAACGGGGACGACUGCGUGAGCUUCAAGCCGAACGCUACAAACAUCCUCGUGUCCAACCUGUCCUGCGAUGGUUCUCACGGCAUCUCCGUCGGCUCCUUGAACGUAACAGCCACCAACAUCCGCAUGUCCAAUGCCCAAAAUGGUGCGCGCAUUAAGGCAUGGGCAGGUAAAGGUGUCGGCUCGGGUAUCGUGAAGAACAUCACGUUCGAGGGCUUCGUUGAAUCCAACGUGGACAACCCGGUCAUCAUCGACCAGUGCUACAUGACCGACGCGGACGAGUGUGCUGAGAACCCCUCCAACACGUACAUCCAGGAUGUCUGGUUCACGAGCAUCUCGGGGACGUCGUCGGGGAAGGAGAAGGCCGUGGUGGCGAGUCUUGAUUGCUCGCCGGGAGCUCGGUGCAGCGGCAUCAACGUGGCUUCAAUCACCGUGGCACCUCCGUCGAAAUAUGGCGACGCGACGUUUGAUUGCCAGAACGUUGUGUUGAGCGGAGCCGACGCAUCCAAAUUUGGGACGUGCAAGGAUACCAGUUGA